UCUCCGCUCGGCUCGGCUCGGCUCGGCUCGGCUCAGCGCCUCCACCCGACCAGGACGCACAGGACCGGAACAGGACCGGGAGACCAGGAGACCCGGAGCGGGACCUGCAGGAUCCGCGUUCCGGCCGCGGACUCCCGCCAUGCUGGGGACGGUGAAGAUGGAAGGACACGAAGCUCCGGACUGGAGCGGAUACUACAGCGAGGAGGUGUACUCUCCAAUGACGGGCAGUGGAAUGGGUUCUGGUCUCGGGAUGGGAUCCAUGUCUGGUUACAUGUCUAGCAGCGGGACCACAUCAGGUUCUUUCAACGUGUCGUACAGCGGUACCGGUCUGAGUCCGGCCCCAGUCGGAGGGAUGGGUGGCUCGGCACCGUCGGCCAUGUCGGGUUUGGGCGGGGGCGUGGCCUCGAUGGGUGGGGCCCUGAGCCCGUCCAGUAUGAGCUCAGUAUCGGCCCAGCAGGCCUCCAUGGGCCUGAACCCAUACGGGGGCAUGAGUCCCACCAUGAGCCCCGGCAUGGCGUACGGCGGCAGCGGGCUGAACCGAGCCCGAGACAACAAGGCGUUCAGACGGAGCUACCCGCACGCCAAACCACCCUACUCCUACAUCUCGCUCAUCACCAUGGCAAUCCAGCAGGCGCCCAGUAAGAUGCUGACACUGAGCGAGAUCUACCAAUGGAUCAUGGACCUGUUCCCGUACUACCGGCAGAACCAGCAGCGCUGGCAGAACUCCAUCCGGCACUCACUGUCCUUCAACGACUGCUUCGUGAAGGUGUCCCGCUCACCGGACAAACCAGGGAAGGGCUCGUACUGGACCCUGCACCCGGACUCUGGGAACAUGUUUGAGAACGGCUGCUACCUGCGUCGUCAGAAGAGGUUCAAGUGUGAGAAGAAGAUGACGACCAAGUCGGACGGCAGGAAGGAGCAGGGGGGCGGCGGAGCGUCUCCUGCGGCGGACGCCAUCAAAGCUCCGGGACUCCUGGACUCUUCCCUGCCGUCCUCCAGCCAGGCGUCCUCGCCACCAGGCCUGGACCUGCGGGGCAGCGUGGGGUCGGACCUGAAGGUGUCCGGCUCCCAGCUGCUGUCCUCGCUGUCGCUGCCCCCCCACUCCAUGGCCCACGAGUCCCAGCUACACAUCAAAGGUGACCCGCACUACUCCUUCAACCACCCGUUCUCCAUCAACAACCUCAUGUCGUCCUCGGAGCAGCAGCACAAACUGGACCUGAAGGCCUACGAGGCGCUGCAGUACUCCUCCUACAACGCUGGCGGGGGAUCCGGCCUCGGAGGCAGGACCAUGGAGCCGCUGGAGGCCUCCUACUACCAGGGGAUGUAUCCCAGACCGCUGCUCAACACCUCGUAGCUGCCGCUGCACCUCCUGCCUGGACAUUCUGCAUGCAGCCGUCCUGGACUUCCUGAGUGACUGUGAUGAACCGGAGACUCUGGACUGAACUCCUGCACUGUGACCGAACCGGGACGCAAACAGACACCUGAAGUCUCAGCCGGUUUACGUGGUCCCAGGUCCGUGGUCUCCUUUUACACACCGAGUCACAAACAGUCUGAAGGUAUGAAAACAUCGACGCAGGAUCCCACAGGUCACCAGGUCAGACCAGAACCGACAGCUCAGGAUCCGUACAAACCUGCUGAUUCAUGUCCUGAACCCAACUAUUGAUGUCCCUGUUAUGUCUUCAGUUUCCUGGAUAGUUUCAAUCAUUCACUUUAAAGAACCCCAGAACAACUGACCUGCUGGUUCCUGGACACCUGAGAGUCCUGGUUCUGGUUCUGAUCCUGGGUUUGAGGUUUACGUGGAAACUUGCGUCCUGUAACCUGUUUAGUAAACAUUACGUCUCUCCAAACUCCAUUCAGAUUCCGGCUCAUUUAAGAUACGCUGCAUGGGAAGGAAUAUUUGCUUUAAUCAGAGCAGCGACACCAAACGCCUUUAAAAAAAUCAGACGAUUUCAGACACGUUUCCCAGAAAAUCAACAUAAAUCAGUGAGUGCUACUGGUUAAACUGCAUGGUUUCAAUGAUUCACUGUAAAGAACAUGAGAACAAAUGACCUCCUGCGUCCUGAUUCCACCAAACUCCAUCCAGAUUCCUGCUAAUCUAAUAUCUGCUGAAUGAAUACUGAUGAGGAAUUUUUCCAAAUAUUAAACCAAAGUCCAAUCAAAUAUCAGUCGGUUUUGACACCAAUCUCAGCAUAAACCGGUCAGACGUCAAUUUCCUGGAUAGUUUCAAUGAUUCAUGUUAAAAAAGGCCAAAUGGUUCCUGGACACCUAAGAGUCCUGGUUCUGGUUCUGAUCCAGAACUUGAAUUUAACAUGAAAACUGGCGUCCUGUAACCUUUUUUUUGGUGUAUCUCUAAUUUAAUCUACAUUACUGUUCAAAAGUUUGGGGUCAAUUCCAUGUUUUCCAUAAAAACUCCCACUUUUAUCCAUGUGCUAACAUAACUGCACAAGGGUUUUCUAAUCAUCAAUGAGCCUUUCAACACCAUUAGCUAACACAAUGUAGCAUUAGAACACAGGAGUGAUGGUUGCUGGAAAUGUUCCUCUGUACCCCUAUGGAGAUAUUCCAUUAAAAAUCAGCUGUUUCCAGCUAGAAUAGUCAUUUACCACAUUAACAAUGUCUACACUGGAUUUAUCAUUCAUUUGAUGGUAUCUUCAUUGAAAAAAAAUGCUUUUCUUAUAAAAAAUAAGGACAUUUCUAAGUGACCUCAAACUUUUGAACGGUCGUGUUCAUUUGUUUAAAUCCGAGCAGCUAAUAUGAAACUCCAUCAAACUCCAUUCAAAUAUCCGUCGAUUUUAGUCACAUUUCUCAGAUAAUCGGCGAGUGUUGCUGGUUAAAACUGCAUUAAAACACCAAACAGUUCAGUUAAUCACCAGUAAAACUAUUAAACUGGCUGACUGGACGUAUCGUGUGAACAGAGAUUUGAUUUUCGUGACUCUAGAACGUGGAUCUGAUGUUCACAUGCAGAUUCAGGUUUCUGUAAAUAGGAGAAGACCUGAUCCUGGUCUCUGAAAUCCUCAUGUGAAGUUUAUUUACACGACCAGUCAAAAGUUUGGACACACCUGCAUUCCAAGGUUUUUAUUUCAUUAUUUUAUACACUGUAGAUUAAUACUGAAGACAUUAAAACUAUAAAAGAACACAGAUGGAAUUAUGUUGUAACAAUAAAGUGUUGAUCUUCAGUAUUAAUCUACAGGGUAGGAAAUAAUACAGAUAGAUAAAAAGCAUUGAAUGAGAAGGUGUGUAGAAACUGUUGACUGGAUGUUUUAAAAACUGGAUCAGACUCUAGAGAUUAAAUCUGCUGAUCUGAAGCCAUCGAUGUUCAUUUAAACCCUGAGUUCGUCCUUCAGGCAGAACCUGUUACCUUCUCAUCUGAUCUGACUUUAGGUUUCAUUUUAAUUUAAAUAAUCUGCAGUUUCACCAGAUUUUAUCUUCUUUCUUUUUUUAAAGAUGCUUCAAUGUUUGACUAAAAGUUCCUGUGGACCCUGGAAGGGCCGCGGGCCGCAUAUUGAACAUUUUGUUUAGUUAAAGGUCAGAGGUCACCGGCGGCUCGUCGUCAUGGCGAUGCUGCAGAUGUUUACACAUUAAUGUCAGGAAUUAAUUUUCCGUCGAGGGUUUAUUUCUCCCACGACCUCGCCUGCCGCCGCCCUGACCCCCAGAGGGGUCGCGACCCGCGGCCUGAGAACCCGACGCAUUAGAGGCUUUUAAUUUGAAGGGUCAGUUCACCAGAAAACAGCCCCGUUUGAUGUGUUCUGUUUGAUGAUCGAUCAGUUCAGAUCUCUGAUGGAUCAAUAAUUAUUGAUAAACAGGAAGUUCUUAAUUAAUUUCAGUAUAAAGUAAAAGUAUUUAUUAGUAAAAGAAAAAAAAGGUGCUUCCAAACACUGAAUUAUUACUGCAGUUUUAAUCUGAUCAAUCACCUGACUGAUUUAUUUGGUCAGACUAAAAGAUUCCUAAUAAAUUAAAGUUUAAUUUAAUUAAAAGAAAAAAUCUCUUCUUUUUAAAAAUAAUGAAACAAUCAGGAGUUCAUUCAUUCGUUCAGCUGCGUGGUUUCUUUACAAAAUAACAUUUAGAGUUCAAUUCUAAUAAACUAUAUUCAACCAACAAACUAAAUUAAGUUCCAUGAAUUAGAUUUUAAUCUUUAAUCAAAACUAUUUUUAAUUACAUGAUAUUUUUAAGCUGAUUAUUUAAAAAAUGAAGUCAUUACAACUAGUUUUUCUACAUUAUUUAAAGGGACUUUUAGUGUUUUAUAAACAUUAUUACGAACACGAGUUUUUAAGUUGUUCAAAAAAAUUAUGUUGCUCCAAUUAGAUUUUCUUUUCUUUUGGAUUUUUCACAUUUUUGUUCACUCUAAUAAAAAUACUGAUUAAAAUAAACCUUUAAAGUUGUUUUUUUAACAUAAUAUUCAUGAUAAUUACAGCAACUUAAUAUUUAAACUAACUUUUUUACAUCGAUUGAAUAAAAACAAAGUUCAAGUGACAGUAAAUUAAUUAAAUUGAGUUGAUAACUUUGAGUUCAGGAUUUCAAACAUUUAAAAACAUAAACUCUGGUGUUUAUACCAGUUAAAAGUAAUUUAUUAUUUACAAUAUAUUUAAUUCCAGAGGAAAGAUUAAUUCACGGAAUUUAAUAUGGUUCAUUGGUUGAACAUAAUUUCAUUAAAAGUUGUUUUAACUCAAAAAGGUUUCAUUUUUAAAUGUUAUUUUUAACACACGAUAUUUAAAUCUGAAACGCAAAAAAAGACUCAUUUAAAACUAUAAAAACACAUAAAUUCCUCUGUAGCAGAACAGUUUGAUUUAUCGUUCUGAUCCACUAGUUUGUUAAACUGAAGAAUGAAUCCUUUAUUAUUAUAAUUUUCCCAAAUGUGGAGGGAAGUUCAUUUUAGAGUUCAUGAUAUUUAAAUGUGGAACCAAAAUCAGAUCUGCACCUAAAUGUAUUGUUUCUUCCUUUGACUGUGUUCCACCUUCUUCACUCCGUUUCAUAAAAAUCAGUGCUCUAGUGUUCAUAUAAUCCUGCAGGCGGAUAAAUAAAUGCAAUAAAAACAUCAUUUCCUCUGCAGAGGCCUCAGAUUUAUCAGCUUUCUUUCAUUUUUAACGUCAUCACAUAAAGAAAAGCUGAAAAAACGAUCAGAUUCUGCAGCAGAAACAAAGUUGGAUAAAAAUCAGAAACACAAAUAGAAUAAAAAUACCUUAAGUGUUAAACUGGAGAGUCUCCUCAGAUGGUUUCAUGAAGCUCCGGACGCCUGACGAGACGAACUUCAGGAGGAAUCAGAUAAAAUGUUCUGACACGGAGCAGCUGAAAAAAACAACAACGUUCAUCAGUUCAGGUGUAAAAAUGAGAAUGAAUAUGGUUUAAAACCUGUUUUAAAAAUCUAAAAAUCAAAUCUGACAAAUCCCAAAUCUGUGUGGCAUUAAUUUAAACAUGUGGAGUAAAAAUCAGAUUUCAGGAACAUUAAAGCUGCUGAGAACAAACAAGACGUUAAAAGAUCCAGUUAAAUUAUUCAAUAAAUCUCAAAUUUACUCGUGAAAAACUCCCAAAGGUUGAGCUGCUGUGGAGAAAAACUGAACAACAUCUGGAUCGAUUUUAUUUUCACCUGAAAUACAAACAAACUGAACCAGAAAGAACCAGAAAGUGAUGCUCCUGAAGCUGGUUCGGACCCAGUAGAACCUCUUUAAUCUGGUCAAUAUGGAGGCAGGUUCUGGUUUACUGACAGUCAAACUGUACAGAGUCGGUUUAAAGGACCCUGAAGGGGCCGUGAUGCAUUUACAGACCAGGAAAAGUAAUUCAGCUCCAAAGAAUGUUCUUAGACUUUGGCUUCCAGAUUUUAGUUCUUAGACUUUAGCUACAAGGAACGUCCCUGGACUUGAGUUCCUGGACUUUGGUUCUUGGAGUCUUUUCUUGAACUUUAGUUCUUGGAUGUUGGUUUUUCAGACUACAGUUCUUGGACUUUAGCUCAAGAACGUUCUUGGGCUUUGGUUCUUGGAUUUCAGUUCCUUGACCUUGGUUCCUGCAAUUCUGCUCUAAAAACAUUAAUGAAUUUUGGUUCCAAGACUUUAGUUCUUGGACUUUUGCUCCAAAGACUGGAAAAGAAAACCUGAGUUUAUUUUUCAUCAGCGAUGGUUUGACCUUCAGAAAGAACUUCUACCAGUCAAUUUCAUGACAGAUUUUUCAAUUUAAAUUAAGAUAUAAUGAAUUCAAGUCAAGCUCAGAUCAGUGUUCUCUGUAAUACGCUGAAAAAAUUAUAGGUUCUAGCUGGAACCAAGCCUGGUUCUUCACAUUAAUCCCAUCAAGAGAAAAAUAAUGUUUCCUCAGAAGACUCUCUGGUUUCUCUAAGAACCAAAAGCAACAACCACAAUAAUCUUUACUGAGGGAAACGUUCUUCACCUGCUUUAAAUGGUUCUUUAAAAGGUUUCUCAGUUUUACUGUAGUUCUUGGGUUUGUUCAGAGGUAAGAGCUGGAAACUAGAGCUGAAAUUAAUGAAUAUUUUCAUUAUCAAUGAAUCAUUUUAGUCAAUAAACAUCAGAAAACUGAGAGAAACGUCCAUGUUGUUGUUCUGUCGGACCAAGAACCCACAAUAUUAAAUGUGUUCUAAAGGAAGGAACCCAGACAUGCUGUAAAUUCUUUUUUUUUAAACUUAGAAGUGACUUAUAAAGUCCUGUUAAAGAACUCAUUUUUGCUGAAGUUCUUUAGAGUGCCACUGAUGAUGCAUAAUGGAACCUUUUGUUGAGGGUUCUUUGAGGGUUCUUCAAAGAACUAUUUGACAUAAAGGCAUUUUGUGGAACUGAAAACGGUUCCUCUAUGGCAUCACUGAGAGCAACUAUUUUGGAUUCCAGUUAAAACCUUCAUUUAUUUUAGUUAUUAACCUCCUAGCAAGAUAUUCUUGAAAGAAACAUUUCUGUUGAUCAGCUGAAUCUUUGGCACCAUGGAAACACAAACCACACUGUUCUCCAGGAACUUUGAUCCUUGGGAACAUUCCCAAGGAUCAAAGUUUCUGCACUUCAGUUUGUCGACUUCAGUUCUUGGACUUUGAUCCCAGACUUUGGUUCUUGGAAUCCAGUUCUUAGACUUUGGUUUUUCAGACUUGAGUUCUUGGACUUAAGUUGCUGGACUUUAGUCCCAAAGAAUGUUCUUGGACUUUAGUUCCUAGACCUUGGUUCCUGUAAUUCAGCUCCAAAGAAUGUUCCUGGACUUUGGUUUCCAGACUUUAGUUCUUGGACUUUAGCUAAAAGGAAUGUUCUUGGACUUGAGUUCCUGGACUUCAGCUUUUAAGAUUGUUUCUGGGCUUUGGUUCUUGAAAUGUAGUUCUUGGACUUUGGUUCCCAGACUAGUUCUUGAACUUUAGCUAAAAGGAAUGUUCUUGGACUUUGGUUCCUGAAUCUACUUCUUGAACUUAUGUUGUUGGACUUUGGUUUUUCAGACUUUGGUUCUUGGACUUUAGUUCCUUGACCUUGGUUCCUGUAAUUCAGCUCUAAAGAAUGUUCAUGGACUUUGGUUCCCAGACUUUAGUUCUUGAACUCUAGCUCCAAAGAACGUUCUGAGACUUUGGUUCUUGGACUUUGGUUCUUGAAUGGUAAAGUUCCUCGGUUCCUCGCUCUCGUCUUGUUUUGGGUUGCUGCCUGCAGACUGAACUCGGGGCUAAAAUAAAAUCAGUUUGUUUCCAAUAAAUUCCUGUUCCAGCCACCGAUCACUGAUGAAUAAAUCAUCCAGAGGAAGGUUCAGUUUUACUGUCUGAUCGAUUGAUUAUUGACUGAUCAAUUGAUUAUUGACUGAUCGAUCGCUGGUCCUGCGUCAACGUCUCUGAAGAUCUUUGUUUGGUGACUCUCACUCUGUGUGUAAAAGCAGAACCACUUCCUGUCUGUUGAAGCGUCUCUAUUUAAACUCAGCUCUCCUGUCAUCACUGAUUAUUGAUUAUUGAUUAUUACCAUGUGCAUGAAAGAAGUGGAAGGUCUUCUUCUUCUUCUUCUCCUUGUUUUCUGGAAGAAAUGGGCUGUUUAAUAGAACAUGGAACACUCAGACCCUCCUCUUCCUCCUCAUCCUCGUCUUCCUCCUGAAGGAGGUUAAAGAGGAUCAAUGUCCAGAAGCUCCUCGUCCUCGUCGUGUUUGUUCUUCGUUGGUUUUCAACUCUGAUGCAUGUUCUUAACUUAUUCUGUCAUUUUCAAAUAAAACAAAGAAACAC